AGACGCAAAAAGACUGUUCGCAUGAAGAGACACAUUGCUUUGGAGUAAACAUGGAGUAGAUUUAAAUAAAUAGUAAUAAUAACAUAUUAAACUGUGAUGCGCCAAGAAAUACGUAUGGAAAAUCAUGCAAGCAAUAAAAUGACUCAAAGUACAGUCUGUGCGUUGCCUUAUACACAUUUUGUCGUAAUUUUCCAUCGGUUUCUGGCUUGUUUGUCAAUAAAAAAGUGAAUUUUGUGGAUGAGCGGAAAAGGCAAGUGAUGAAGGAGAGAGAUGCGGAGGCCACGCGAAUGUUGGUUGGCUGAAAGAUUAGCGUUGGUUAGGGAAUGAUGGAGGAGGGGUAAGCAGUGAAAGAGAGUAAACGGGCGAGAACGAACCGGGUCAGAUCAGCGAUAGCCACACCCAGAACCGAAUAAAUCGAAUUUAAAAUUUUGUUAUCGACAUCGGACGAGAGUUGGGCUAUUUGUUUCGUUUUCGUUCAGCCAAUUCAGUGUAGAUUUUCUCUUCACAUAAUCCGGUAGCAUACAAUUAUGGCAAAGUUUAUAAAUGAGAUCGGUGAACUUCUUGAUUCCUGUAGAGCCCGAGAGGUUUUGAUGGAGGUAUUAUGCCAAAGUGCCCAAUUGGUAAUAGGAUACCAAAUCAAUCAGAGUCCAGACCUAAACAAUGUGGGUUCAGAAGACUCUGGGGAGCCACCUGUGCUUCGGUACACUGUGGACAGCGAACUGCACGACUAUGAACCAGAUCGCAUUACGGCUCUAUUGACGGUGAUGUCAAAUACGGUGGAUCUGCUUUUCUAUCCCGUAGACACCAUUUGCUGGCUGGCCAGUCACAAAGUUUUCGAUGUCAAAAAACAGAAGACCUGGCGCUUUGUGAACUCGUUACUCAGCAUGGUCUCUGCAUACCUAAACGUCGUGAGAAUUUCAAGAAUUUUCUUACAAGAUGGCUAUAAACUAAGUCACUUCGAUGUUGUGUCCCUUGCACACUUUUUAUUCGAUCUGCUUCACAACAUCUGCAGUUUACCAAGGAGUUACCUGUGGGGCAUGAAGCAUUCAUCCCUUUACUUGGGAGUUAUUGGCACCGUUUCUGCUGGACUGGGAAUUUGCCAGAUUUUGACCAAAAGAAGGCUGACCAAGUAGAAGGUUUUGCCAUUGAUGCUGAUUUUGGUGAAUGAAAUUUGAAGAUAGUCGUUAUCGUAUUUUUGGCGUGGUGAUAUUGAUAAGACAUUUGAAUGAGCCUCUAGUUGGCAUUCGUUUUAUAAGUACAAUAAAAAUAGUUUGAAAUACCUAC